AAAAAACCCACAAUAGUAUUUUACCUACAUCCCUUUUGCUAUAUAUAUAGAUAUAUAUAUAUAUUAUUUCAUUUGCAUUUAAUUUGUGAGAACACUCAAUAACAAAAAUUUCUCAGCUCAUUCUAUAUACUAAUUCGAUGGCCUCUCCUAAUUUUCUAGCAAUAAUACUUUCUUACUUCCUUCUUCUUUCGAUCUCUACCGUCGAUGGAAAGAUAGCGCAGAAAUUUGGAUGCGAUAUUUUUAAAGGAAAUUGGGUUUACGACAAUUCGUAUCCUCUCUACGAUUCGAGGCAGUGUCCAUUCAUCGAAACUCAGUUUGAUUGCCAAAAAAAUGGACGACCGGACAAAGAAUACAUGAAGUAUCGAUGGCAGCCGUCGGGCUGUCCGCUGCCGAGGUUCAAUGGUGUAGAUUUUUUAAGAAAAAUAAGAGGGAAAAAGUUGAUAUUUGUGGGAGAUUCACUUAGCCUAAACCAGUGGCAAUCUCUCACAUGUUUGCUUCAUACUGCUCUCCCUUUGGCACCCUUCACUUCCCACACAUUAUAUGGCCUUUCUACUUUCUACUUCCCAGGCUACGAUGCAUCACUAUUGUUCUAUCGAAAUGCAUUCCUAGUGGAUCUCGUAGACAAGCCCAACGAAGGUCGAGUGUUGUUGCUCGAUUCCAUCACCAAUAGUCGAGUUUGGGGAGAAAUGGACAUUCUUGUAUUCGACACUUGGCAUUGGUGGCUUCACACCGGCAGGAAACAACCGUGGGAGUGGAUCGCGCAUGGGAAUAAAGUUGUUGAGGACAUGGACCGUUUGGUUGCGUACGAGAUUGCCCUAAAUACAUGGGCUAAUUGGAUCGACACUCAUGUAGAUCCAUCCAAGACUCAAGUUUUCUUCCAAGGUGUUUCACCCGAUCAUUUCAGUGGAAUUAGGAACUGUGGAGGACACACACGGCCACUUGCCGGAGGAGGAGGUCCGGCAGUACCAGCAGCAGAAUUAGUGCUGCAGAAGAUUCUGAAUUCGAUGGCGACGCCGGUGCAGUUGCUGGAUGUGACUGCCCUUUCGCAGCUGCGGAUCGACGCCCAUCCUUCAUUCUACGGCGGCCAUGGAGUUCACGCCGCCGUGGACUGCACCCACUGGUGCCUCACUGGACUUCCCGACAUCUGGAAUCACUUUCUAUAUGCUAUGCUCCGCUGAAUAAUACAAUACAUACAUAUAUAUAUAUAUAUGUGCCUUAAUUGUUUAUAUGUAUAUUAUAUAUUAACUGAUCAUACUUUCUGUAUGUAUAAUCAUAAACAAAAAAUAAAUAAAAUGGUAUAUGUAUAUAAUUAUAUAUAUAUAUAUAUAUUGUGUAUGGUAAAAGAAGUGUUAAAAAAAUCA